AUGGCGAAUAUGGAAAAACUGAAUAUCCUGAUGUGCGGUGCUGGCGAGUACACUACCGGGUGGACAGGAUCUGGGGCAUCCAAGUCAGACAAAAAGAUCGGAGUCGUCGCCCUGACGUGCUUUGAUCUUCGAAGACUGGGAAAAGUCAAUAAGCUCGGAAUGGCCGGUGUUAACGGCCACAAGUUUCCCGUUAUUAGGGAGCAUUUGGCUCAAAACAUCGCAGCCGUUUAUAAGGACAUGGAUACAAUAUUUGAUUCGUUCCCGGACGUGGAUAAAAUGGAUCCAGAGGCUUACAAGUCUGCUAUGGACAAGAUGAAGCCCGGAGAUGCGGCUAUAAUUUUCACACCGGACUCUACCCACUACAGUAUUGCUAUGUACGCCAUCGAACGCGGAAUUCAUGUCCUCGUCACCAAACCCGCCGUCAAGUUACUGUCAGACCACAACAAAUUAAUAGCGGCUGCGAAGAAGCACAAUGUUAUUUGUUUCGUUGAACAUCACAAAAGAUUCGAUCCUGUGUACAGCGACGCCAAAGCUAAAGCCGCAAGUUUGGGCGAGUUUAACUUUUUCAGCGCGUGGAUGAGCCAACCAAAGAGCCAGCUUGAUACUUUCCGCGCCUGGGCUGGUAAGGACUCGGAUAUCAGCUAUUACCUGUCAUCCCAUCACGUUGACAUCUGCUGCUGGAUCCUUCAGGACAUUGCAGUUCCGACGCGAGUCGUGGCGAGCGCUGCCGCCGGUAUCGCCACCAGCGAACCAUAUAACUGUGACCCCCAAACUGAAGACACUAUUACGCUUAUGGUGGACUGGCAAUCGAUUAAGAGCCCGAAGCAUCGAGGUACAGGAGUCUACACUGCGAGCUGGACAGCACCUUUAAAAUCCGGUGUUCAUUCUGCUCAACAGUGGUAUUACAUGGGUGAAAAGGGCGACAUUACUGUCGACCAAGCUCAUCGUGGCUAUGAUGUGACCGUCGACGACACUGGCAAGUCGUGGUAUAAUCCUAUGAAAUAUUCACCCUCUGAAAGCGGGCACUUUGACGGGCAACGAGGGUAUGGCUAUAUUUCCAUCGAGAAGUUUGUCGACGCGGCUCGCAGUGUCAAUGCUGGCAUAACGAAACCUGCAGAUUACGAUUUGCACGGCCUUCCGACAAUCGCAAACACCGUACUCACAACUGCUAUCUUGAACGCCGGUCGCACCAGUCUUGACGAGAAGCGACCGGUAGGAAUUAAGAAAGAUGGCGAUACUUGGGUUUUGCAGUGA